CAUGACAGCAUCAAUUCCGGACGUUGGUCGUGCUCACUGCUAGUUUUGAUAACUCUCCGUAUAACUCACAGUAACGCAUCAUCCAGCGUCCAGCUGUGACUUGCCAUUUCCGCGCGUCAAUUUAGUUGUCCCUGAUACCAGAUAGCUCCCCAAUAACGAUAUCUACUACUCAUACGUCCCGGAUCAUUGUGCAAUUUGGCGCUCACGCACAUCAUCAGAAGACUCGACACGGUCGUCGUGGCAUGCGACCAUAACAGUGUUUUACUAUUCUACUCUCGUGAGCCUUUUCUCCCAUAGUUUUCUGCAGGUUCUCAGGGUUCAGAUUAUUCGCCAGCUACUAGCUUUCGCAAAUCAUCCCGUUAGCAUUCAUGACUUCGAUCCGCUGGAAGCCACAAAUCACGUAUCGCUCCCCCACCGCAGGGACAACCGCUCUCCAUCUGGAGGUACCGCCAGUUGGCUGUCAUGCAUCUUCGUCAAGCCAUUCUCCAUCCCCUCAAUCUCUUCAGCAUUGGACAAUCCACCAGCCCAGUCAUUCUAAGAGACAUAAGAGAUGGACGAUGGGUCCUUCACUGCCACUUUAUCAUCCUCUUGGUCGUCUCGCCCUAUCUCUCCCCGAUUUGGAUCCCACUGCGUUCGGGCUCCCCGCACCGGCAGUAAUAAUGGAUGAUCCCACGCGCCGAUCUUCAAAUCGUGCACGUCGCCCCGCGCCUAAAGUACGCGACGCAAAUGAGCCAGCUCCCUCCCCCGUCACUUCUAUUGACGUUACCCCUAUCCCCGAGCCGGAACUCAAGGAAAAAGCUAGUUCCCGCAGGAGGCGCCCUGCUGGAGGUGGAAACAAAAGAAAGCGCAGAGAAGUUGAUGACGGUGACGCGACCUAUCCUGCCAAGCGCUCCCGAAACCCAAGGAGCUCCGCUGCCAAUGCCACGGCGCGCACUUCUACCGCAGGAGAGCCUUCCCCUCCCUACUCUAUCGACAAUUCUGCUCUUUCCCCUGCACCUGAUGACCCUCCGGAAGAAAGACGGCCCGAACGCCGGACCGCUAAGUCACGUGGUCUUCCUCCUCGUAGGGAUUCAUCUGGAAGCGAGGCAACUGUCACUUCAGUAUCAGCCUCAGUUGUCGCGGGCAGCGUUGCGCAUUUCAAAGAUACUGGUGAAGAUGCCCUGGACAUCGACAUUUCGCCAUCCAGUGGGGCCAGGGAUACUGAGCGUAUCACCCGUAGUGGAGACCUCAGCAACAAAGAUGCCAGUUCAAAUGGAGGGGACAAAGCUGCAAAUAACGUUCCAGGGUAGCGUGGUACCUCCUUUGUGGCUCCUGUAUACGUAUAUAUAUGUGACAUUUUGGUUUAUUUAAAGAUAUAUGCAUUCCUUGUCUAUUGCUAUUUGUUCCUGGCCAUCUUUUGUACUCUCAUCGUUAAUAUUCGCCUGUUCGCGUUUUAUUCAUGUAUCUGCUCCCUUACGUUCUCUAGAUCUCGUUGGCUUAUGUAGGAUGGCUUACUGAACAGGCUAAAAAUUAUGAGGUAUUUAUACUGUCUCGACGAGACUGAACUGGAAUGAAUUAACAUUCAUAAAUAUUCAAUACAAUGCACUGUUAUGAUGGUCC